GCCGCCGCCGGGCCGCCGCCGGGAGUUGGCAGCUUCGGGAGAGCCUUCCCGGCUCUGGGCGCCCUCGGGCAGGGCGCGGAGGAAAGCGCCUCGCUCAGGCUGCUGAGGCUGCGGGGGCCACAGCUCCAGAUGCAGAAGCCAUGGAGCUGAGCUGCAGCGAAGUACCUCUUUAUGGGCAGAUGACGGUCUAUGCAAAAUUUGGCAAAAAUGUCUAUCUUCCUAAGGACGCCGAGUUUUACUUUAUUUAUAAUGGAUCUCAUCAGAGACACGUCAUGCUCGCAGAGCGCACGGAGGAUAACGUUCUCCAGUCCAGCGUUCCAGGCCAUGGGCUUCAGGAGACAGUGACAGUGUCUGUGUGCCUCUGCUCAGAAGGUUACUCCCCAGUGACCAUGGACACCUGUUCGAUGACCUACGUGGACAACAUGGCCUGCAGGCUGGCCCGCCUGCUGGUCACGCAGGCCGAUCGCCUCACUGCCAGUAGCCAUCAGACCUUGCUGACCCCGUUCGCGCUGACGGUGGGAGCAUUGCCUGCCUUGGACGAGGAACUCGUGCUGGCUCUGACGCAUCUGGAGUGGCCUCCGGGGUGGACUGUUUUGGGAAGUUCUUCACUUGAAGGGAGCCUUCACAGAGAGUCUCUUCUACACCUCGCUGUGAGAUGGGGCCUGCCUAAGCUUUCCCAGUUUCUCAUGUGUCUCCCAGGGGGAGUUCAGGCCUUGGCUUUACCUAAUGAAGAGGGUGCCACGCCAUUAGACUUAGCUUUAAAUGGUGGACUCUCCAAGCUGGUUGAAGACAUCACAAAUUUCCAGGGCAGACGUUCCCCAGUCUUCUCCCGAGUGCAGCUCAGCGAAGAUGCCUUCCUGCAGUACAUUCACUCGCCAGAAACGCUGACCCUGACGCUCAACCACACGGCCGAGCAUUUGCUGGAGGCAGAUAUUAAACUCUUCAGGAAGUACUUUUGGGAUAGAGCCUUUCUCAUCAAGACUCUUGAAGAGCAAGAAACCAGGCCAGAGGAAAGACCAGAUAUGCCCUCCAGUGCUGCAGAACCCAAAGAAGAGGUUAAGAGUUUGGUGUCCAGCAGAUCAUCGCCUGAGCAGGAGGAUGUGAAGUGUGUGAAAAGCCUGGUGAUUCAACUGAAUGAACAUGAAGACCAGGACAGACUAGAGUUGGAUCGCUCUUUCGAUGUCCUCAAAAAAUCCAAGCAGCGCCCCACGUCCCCUGCUGCAGGCCAGCUUUCUGACAUGCUGAACGGUGGUGAUGAAGUCUACGCUAACUGCAUGGUCAUAGAUCAGGUUGGUGAUAUGGAUAUUAACUAUAUAAACGUAGAGGGGAUCACAGCAAACACCUGCCCUGACUCCAUGGGCUCUUCCCUGGGACCUCAGAGCUGCACACAUACCCCUGCCGCUGAAACCAGCCCUGGCAUGUACCCAGCGAGUGAGAACAAGGAAGUGACAUCAAAUACUGAAGCCCAGCAGUCUUGCACAUCACCAUCUAGCUCAUAUGCUUCCAACUUAAAUCUUUCUUUUGGUCUUCACGGAUUUGAAAAGGAACAAAGUCACCUAAAGAAAAGAAGCUCCAGCCUUGAUGCCCUGGAUGCCGACAGUGAAGGGGACGGGCCUUCGGAGCAGUCACACACGUGCUAUACGCCAGCGUCUCAGAGUCUCUCAGGAACUGGGGUUCCUAGUGGGGAUGAAUUAGAUUCUUUUGAGACCAACACUGACCCAGAUUUUAAUAUUGCCAGGACUGAGUCACUUUCUCUAUCAAGUAACCUGCAGUCAAAGGAAUCCUUGCUUUCUGGAGUUCGCUCACGUUCUUAUUCCUGCUCAUCACCCAAAAUUUCUUUAGGAAGAACUCGGUUGGUGCGUGAUUUUACAGUGUGCAAUUCAAGCGAAGAGCAGCAAAGAGCUUACAGUUUACCGGAGUCACCAGGAGAAAAAAGAAUUCCAGAAGAAGAAUGGGAUAAAUACAUCAUUCCUGCCAAAUCGGAUUCCGAAAAGUACAAAGUGAGCCGAACUUUCAGCUUCAUCAUGAACAGGAUGACAAGUCCUCGGAAUAAAUCUAAGACAAAAAGCAAGGAUGCCAAAGACAAGGAGAAACUGAGUCGACAUCAGUUUGUCCCUGGAACAGUCUCUGGGGUUCUACAGUGUUUGGUUUGUGACAAAACACUCCUGGGGAAAGAGUCAUUUCAGUGUUCCAACUGUAAUGCGAAUGUACAUAAAGGUUGUAAAGACACUGCACCUCCCUGUCCCAAGAAAUUCCAAGAGAAAUAUAACAAGAACAAACCGCAGACCAUCCUUGGAAAUUCUUCACUUAGAGACAUCCCCUUGCCUGGUCUCUCCUUGCACCCUUCUUCCUCCAUGCCGAUCGGAUUGCCCACUGGGAAGAAGGACACUGCGGGGCAGGUCCAUUCGCUGUCCAGAAGCGUUCCAGGCGCCACCUUGGACAGCUUCAGGAAGUCAGGGACCUCCUUGGAGUCAGAGACUGACGGGAACCCCUGGAGAAGCAGGUCUCAUUCUGAUGAGCUUUUACAGUCCAUGGGAUCAUCUCCCUCCACGGAGUCUUUCUUAAUGGAAGAUGUCAUGGAUUCUUCUCUGUGGAGCGACCUCAGCAGCGAUGCCCAGGAGUUCGAAGCAGAAUCUUGGAGUCUUGUGGUGGACCCCUCGUUUUGUAGUCGGCAGGAGAAGGAUGUCAUCAAAAGACAGGAUGUCAUUUUCGAGCUAAUGCAAACAGAAAUGCAUCACAUCCAGACCCUGUUCAUCAUGUCUGAGAUCUUCAGGAAAGGGAUGAAAGAGGAGCUGCAGCUCGACCACAGCACUGUGGAUAAAAUCUUCCCCUGUUUAGAUGAGUUACUCGAGAUUCAUAGACAUUUCUUCUAUAGCAUGAAGGAGCGGAGGCAGGAAUCCUGUGCAGACAAUGACAGGAAUUUUGUCAUUAACCGAAUUGGAGACAUUCUAGUACAACAGUUCUCAGAAGAAAAUGCAAAUAAAAUGAAGAAAAUAUAUGGAGAAUUCUGUAGCCAUCACAAAGAAGCCGUUAGCCUAUUUAAAGAACUCCAGCAGAAUAAAAAGUUUCAGAAUUUUAUUAAGCUCCGAAAUAGUAAUCUUUUGGCUCGACGUCGAGGAAUUCCCGAGUGCAUCCUGUUAGUCACUCAGCGCAUCACGAAAUACCCUGUCUUGGUGGAGAGAAUAUUGCAGUACACAAAAGAAAAAACAGAAGAACAUAAAGACUUAUGCAAAGCUCUUUGCUUAAUUAAAGACAUGAUUGCAGCAGUGGAUUUAAAAGUCAGCGAAUAUGAGAAAAACCAAAAAUGGCUUGAGAUCCUAAGUAAGAUUGAAAAUAAAACAUAUACAAAGCUCAAAAACGGCCAUGUGUUUAGGAAGCAGGCACUGAUAAGCAAGGAAAGGACUCUGUUGUACGAUGGCCUUGUUUUUUGGAAAACUGCUACGGGCCGUUUCAAAGAUAUCCUAGCUCUACUUCUAACUGAUGUGCUGCUCUUUUUACAAGAAAAAGACCAGAAAUACAUCUUUGCAGCAGUUGACCAGAAGCCAUCCGUUAUUUCCCUUCAGAAGCUUAUUGCUCGAGAAGUUGCUAAUGAGGAGAGAGGCAUGUUUCUGAUCAGUGCUUCUUCUGCUGGUCCUGAGAUGUACGAGAUUCAUACCAAUUCCAAGGAGGAACGGAAUAACUGGAUGAGACGGAUCCAGCAGGCCGUGGAGAGUUGCCCAGAAGAAGAAGGGGGAAGGACAAGUGAAUCCGAUGAAGAGAGGCGGAAGGCGGAAGCCAGAGUGGCCAAAAUUCAGCAAUGUCAAGAAAUACUCUGUAAUCAAGACCAACAAAUCUGUACAUAUUUGGAGGAGAAGCUGAAUAUCUAUGCUGAACUUGGAGAACUGAGUGGAUUUGAGGAUGUCCACCUGGAGCCCCACCUCCUCAUUAAACCCGACCCCGGAGAGCCCCCCCAGGCUGCCUCAUUACUGGCUGCGGCACUGAAAGAAGCUGAGAGCCUACAACUUGCAGUGAAGGCCUCCCAGGUGGGCGAUGCCUGUCAGUCAUCUGAGGAAGGGUGUGGAGAGUCCGUGCUGACAGAUGUGCCCAUUUCUCAUGAUGCACCAGGAUCACCUGCUGCUUCACUAGUCACAGAAGGGACAGCAGGAAGAGGCUGUUGGGAUGUGGAUCCCGGGACCCAGGGUGUGGGAGCUGACUUGGCGGUCUCUGAUGCAGGGGAGAAGGUGGAAUAUAGAAGUUUUCCAGGUUCUUCACAAUCAGAGAUUAUACAAGCAAUACAGAAUUUAACCCGUCUUUUAUAUAGCCUUCAGGCCGCCUUGACCAUUCAGGACAGCCACAUUGAGGUCCACAGGCUGGUUCUGCAGCAGCAGGAGGGCCUGUCCCCCGGCCCCUCUCUGCGAGGCAGCCCCUUCCUGGACCAGGACAAGUCCCGCACCCUGGAGAAGCGGCGUGAGGAGCUGGCUAACAUCCCCAAGCUGCAGCACCAAUUCCAGCAGGACCAGCGGCGCUGGCACCGCCGGUGUGACCUGCAGCGGAGGGAACAGGAGGCCAGGGAGAGCCGGCUGCAGGAGCGUGAGAGGGAGUGCGAGUCACAGGAGCAGCUGCUGCGGAGGAGCCGCGGGGAGCUGGACCAGCAGCUGCAGGACUACCAGCAGGACCUGCAGCGGCUGCGGGAAGGCCAGCGCCAGGUGGAGAGGGAGCGGGAGCGGGUGCGCGCCCAGCAGAGCCUCCUGUGCGGCUGGAAGCACUGCCGGCAGAGCAGCCUUCCCGCCGAGCUCCCUCCGGGAAGCACGGAGGUAAUGGAACUUAAUCGAUCUGAGAGUUUACGUUAUGAAAAUUCAUUCUUCAUCAAUGAAGCUUUAGUACAAAUGUCAUUCAACACUUUCAACAAACCAACUCCAUCAGCCAUCCACCAGGAUACCACUCACCCCCUCAAUAUAUCUAAUUCUGACUUGGCAAGGACUAGUACAAAUCAAGUAGACCUCAAGACGGACGUUUCUCAGCCCUUGGAUGUCAACCAUGAACUGUGGACAGCCGCUGAGUCCUGUCAUCAGAUAUCCCCUCUCCACCAAGGCAGCGAGGAUUCUUGUAAAAAUGAUUGGGACGUCUCUGAGACCGAGUUCCCAGCUCCUCCUGACUCAGAUCCACAUGGCCCUGAGCUGCAGACGUUUACAGCAGAAGCAAAGCUAAAUCUACAGACAGUGACCAGACAAGAGGGGGAAAACGGAGAUGGAGCCGAAGAAAAUAUUGUUUACCUCUAAUUGUGCUGUCGUUAUUUUUCCAAACAAGAAAACACUGGCAUUUUGGAGAGAAUUUUUUUUCCUUUCCUAAUGUGUGUGUGACUGUGUCCAAAUUGCUUUAAGAGUAAUAGUUAAUAUUUCAUGCAAGUUCCCUUUUGGGGCAUGAAUCUAAUAAUUAAAUUAUUGAAAGCAGCUCUGUUUGUAUAAUUGUUAACUCACCACACCUAAUUUCAGAUUUCUGGAGGAGAAAUUAAAUAAGCAGAAAUAUUUUCAAAGUUAUGAUUCUGGACUAAAAUUCCAUAUUGCAUUUUCUACUGAAUCAUCUGGUUUUUGAAAUGCCUUUUCAGACCUAGAUGAAGCAAUUUGAAUGAAAAGAAUGAUAUUCAUGAUGGGCAAACUUUCACAAUCACAGCAGAUGAUUACGGAAGUAGCUCCAGUGCCCCCAAAAGGCAGAGGAGGGUGUGGGAAAGGUCUUUUCUUGGUGAGUUUUCACGUGCUAAUUUCUCUGGAACAUCAAAGCGGUUGCUGCUGGUGGUGAUCUGUCACAGUCAUUGUGCAAGUCACCAUGCAGCCAAUGUGCACUGUCUGGACACUAUUCAGAGCAGGAGGCCACUCUACUACGGACACCAUUUGGACUCUUUGACCUGGGCCACAUGCUUUGCAGAUGCACUUUCUUAGUCUUAAUGAUGGUUGUUUUUCAAGCCACAUCUUUCAAGAGAGCCCAGAGGCAAAGCCCCAGCACGGUCAAUUUUGAUGUAAACGGUGAAACCCCAGUAGUGCCCUCAUUUCUCUCAUCCCGCCCUGUCUCUGGGAGCACCAGCUCCCACUCACUAUGAGCAUCUCUGCCCUGCAGUUCUUUAAGGACAAAAUCUGCUCUCUCGGCAAAGCUCGCUGCCAGUUACGUACUUUCCCACAGCAGAAAGCUGGCACCUUCUGUCUUCAGAGUAAUAUGUGUCUCUGUGUGAGAAACAAACCAGAAAAUGUUUUCAGCUUGUUCUUCGGAUAUACUCAUAUAUGUUUUGGUCGGUGUCAAUAAAUAUCU